AUUGUCCAAUGAGAUGAAAGGUUUUAUACUGAGCUCGUGAAGCGGACUGUUAUAUUUUUCUUCCAGAAUAUAUGGUUGAAUAGCAGCUAGGACCUGCUUCUGUUAAGAUGAAUAUGUACCAGGUCCCCAACCCUGGCCUGCCGGGAUGCCCACCCGGGUUAGAAUAUCUAACACAGGUUGAUCAGCUACUCAUCAAACAGAAAGUCGAGUUUAUUGAAGCCCUGGCUGGCUUUGAGAGCAACAACAAGUAUGAGGUGCGUAAUGCCAUGGGUCAGAACGUGUUCUAUGCUGUGGAGGAGAAUGACUGUCUGAGCAGGCAGUGCUGCGGACCCCUACGAUCCUUCACAAUAAAAGUCCUUGACAACUUUGGACAGGAGGUCAUCACAGUCACCAGACCUCUAAAGUGCAUGUCCUGUUUCUUCCCCUGCUGUCUGCAAGAGCUGGAGGUGCAGGCCCCCCCAGGGAACACAGUAGGCUACGUGGUCCAGCAGUGGCACCCCUUCUCCCCGAAGUUCAUCAUAGAGAAUGAACACAGAGAGCCAGUGCUGAGGCUGCACGGACCCUUCUGUGGCUGGAGUUGCUUGCCUGACGUUGACUUUGAGAUAGUGACCAUGGAUGAAGUGGAUAAGAUCGGGAAGAUCAGUAAGCAGUGGACCGGUCUACUCCGCGAGGCGUUCACGGACGCUGAUAACUUUGGGAUCCAGUUCCCCAUGGAUCUAGACGUGAAGAUGAAGGCUGUGAUGAUCGGAGCCUGUUUCCUCGUCGAUUUCAUGUUCUUUGAGAGCGGUAACCAACACUAGCAGCCGAGGAGCAGUUUACUGGAGCUAUAACGUCCUGCUGGUGAAGGACAAGGUCUCAGAUAGAAAUGGUACUACGUGUGACAUAUUAAUAAUCCUCAUAUCCAACAUAUAUUGUUGGCCAAGUAAGAAUCAUAGAAAUAGAACUACUAAUUCUAUUUCUGUAGGAGGAACAAGGGAUUACAGGUGAAUGUAAUGUAAUAGCCGUUAGCACUAGUUUUAGCUUUCUCGGGGGGUUGUUACACAUUGCAGCUAAAUCAAUCAAACCAGGUGUCAGUGUGCAUUGUGAUGUAUAUAUUUAGAGACUGUAUAUAAAGGAGUGUUCAUAUGUGUGUUUUUACAGUGUUUACAUUGUGGUUGCGUUGCCCGUAACCCUCAGUCUGAUCAAUGGUUGCGUAGUAACCACUUUAACCAUGUGAAAAUAAAAUGAACACCAUCUUUAUCUAAACAAGUAUGCGGAAGGGAAUGUGAAAAGGAAAGGAGAGCAGAGAUGAAGUAAUGCUAUGUAGGUAAAGAAGAGUUGAAGUGAUGCUAUGUAGCUAUGUAGCUAAAGAAGAGAUGAAGUGAUGCUAUGUAGCUAAAGAAGAGAUGAAGUAAUGCUAUGUAGGUAAAGAAGAGAUAAAGUAAUGCUAUGUAGCUAAAGAAGAGAUGAAGUGAUGCUAUGUAGCUAAAGAAGAGAUGAAGUAAUGCUAUGUAGCUAAAGAAGAGAUGAAGUAAUGCUAUGUAGCUAAAGAAGAGAUGAAGUAAUGCUAUGUAGCUAAAGAAGAGAUGAAGUAAUGCUAUGUAGGUAAAGAAGAGAUAAAGUAAUGCUAUGUAGCUAAAGAAGAGAUGAAGUGAUGCUAUGUAGCUAAAGAAGAGAUGAAGUGAUGCUAUGUAGCUAAAGAAGAGAUGAAGUAAUGCUAUGUAGGUAAAGAAGAGAUGAAGUAAUGCUAUGUAGGUAAAGAAGAGAUGAAGUAAUGCUAUGUUGCUAAAGAAGAGAUCUACAAUACAAAAGCAUGUUCUAUUUUUUGGUAAAUCAAAAGACCCUCUAUAGACCCCUGUAGCUCAGUUGGUAGAGCAUGGCGCUUGCAAUGCCAGGGUUGUGGGCCAGUAUGAAAAAUGUAUGCACUCACUAACUGUAAAUCGCUCUGGAUAAGAGCGUCUGCUAAAUGACUAAAAUGUAAUGUUCUUGUGUCAACAAUAUAUGAAGUUACCGCACAUGCUACUAUGUUUUUGCUCGAGACCACUUUUGUAUGUAGUAUUUUGAGACUUUUGAUAUUUCGUUUUAUUUAUUUAUUUGUGUAUUUUUGUAGCUUAAUAUUGUUUAUUGUUUUCAUGUGAUUGUAAUUUAACAAGUGGGAAAGUUGACAUAAUGUUUAGUAUUAAAGACGUCCUCCAGUGA